AUGGUGUUGAGGCUAGUUCGAGGCACCGGCGGGAGCAACGAUGCCCGGUCCGGGCAAUCGGCCAGUGGCGCUGGAAAUGAACGCUUGACCGAUUUCCAACGUGAGAUGAUUCUUGCUGAGCAGCAUGCGGAAAAUCUGAGGAAGAGACAACGCAGGAAUCUGCUCAACGAAGACUUCGGGCCUACCGUCUCCAUCGACGCAAACGAGGAAGAAGACGGCUUAAUCGAAGAAGACCCACUCGACAUGAACAAUUUAAAUGAUAUUAUUGAGGACACUACGACGAAGGCAGAUGCAGCUGCGUCGGAUGACGUCGCUCUUUUUGACGAGGAGACAGAUCAACAGUCUUUGGCCCCAACGUCGCUUGUCAACAAAGCAAGAGUUUCAAAAACACGUGCACUUCACAUCCUGGAGCAUCCGCAUUGUUCCAAGUAUCUAGUUGGCAGCUUGAUGCGAAUAUGGAUCACGCCAGACGCUGCGCCAGAUUCUGUCAGUUCGCAGCACCCACACCUCGUGAACACCCAUGCCAUAUUCAAAGUGGAGCGCCUAGUAAAGACUAACGAAUAUGUUGUAUAUGGUGAUAGUGUCGGAAACAGCUGUGACCACGAAAUACGUGAAUUUCUCGGCAAAACAUCAUACAGCAUAUUGGGCCGCCUUAUGACGGAUCGCCGCUCCGACACGCUCAACAAAAUAGGGCUCAACGACGUCUGCAGCGCACCAAUUUUGCAAGAAGAGAUCAAGUUCGGAGGCGAAUGGUUAAUCAGGGACCUGAAUCAAGCGGCUACUAAUCUCAGAAAUGUAAGCUUCCCGCAUGGCAUAUUCAUCAUGAUGCAGUUCACUUUCACUGACGAGGAUGUGCAGCUCAUUCUAGAACGGAAAUUGCUUAAGGAAUCCGUGGAACAGACUGAGUUUCAAGGUGGUCGCAGCAGCUUGAUAGCUGCGAUACAGAGAACAUCUCACGAAAUCGAGCUUCUCACCGAACUCGUCAAAAAUGAUACCUCCAAGAUAGACCACCUCCGGGCAUUAGAAGCUAGGAAAGCCAAAAUGGACGAGCAACUUCAAACCAUGAAGGCACUGACACGCAACCCGCUAUUCAUCAAAACAUGCCCGGUGCUACGUGCGAAUGCGGAGCCAUCAGCACGCGGAGGAGCAGUGCGCAAGACGACCCAACCCACACCGAUGAUUAUGUUUAACAACAUCGAGACGCAAGAAAUAUUCCCCACUGAAAUCCGUAGACGUGAAAGGAAGACGGUUAGUGAAUUCAGCUACGAGGAACAAAAGGAGUUGGUGAUCGCUUACAUUACGGUUAGUAUAAGUUUCACCGUAAUCUGUAUAUUGCUACAGAACGUAGACAAGUGUGAUCCUGACCAGUGGCUUUCACCAUCGGAUGACGUUAAUGCAGGGAACCCAGGCAAGCCUGAUCAGGCUGGUGUUAUAAGCAUGAAGGAGUACCUUAACAUGGCGUGA